CUGGCGUACUAUAACGACUGUAAAAACACAGUGGGGAAACAAUGGCGACUGAGCGGACGGAAUCGGUGGCCUUGGUCGCGGUGCCGUUCCCUGCGCAGGGCCACCUGAAUCAGCUGCUGCACCUCUCCCUGCUGGUCGCGUCGCGAGGGCUCACGGUGCACUACGCGGCGCCCGCGGCUCAAGUCCGGCAGGCGCGGUCGCGCGUGCACGGCUGGGACCCCAAGGCUCUCGGCUCCAUCCAAUUCCACGACCUCGACGUCCCCGCCUACGAGUCACCGGCGCCCGACCCGACGGCCCCGACUCCCUUCCCCAACCACCUAAUUCCCAUGUGGGAGGCCUUCAGCACCGCCGCGAGCGCCCCUCUCGCCGUCCUUCUCCGGAGCCUCUCGGCCACCCACCGCCGCGUGGUGGUCGUGUACGACAGGCUCAACUCUUUCGCCGCGGUGGAGGCGGCGCGGCUGGACAACGGCGAGGCGUACGGGCUGCAGUGCGUGGCCAUAUCGUAUCACUUGGCAUGGCUGGACUCCGGCAACCAGCUCCUGCGCGACCAUGGCCUCGAGUACAUCCCCAUCGAUGUCACCAUGUCCAAGGAGUUCGUGGAGUACAUGUUCCGUACAACGGCGGAGUUGCAGGACGAAGGGGGGCGAGGCGUGGCCUCGGCCGUCGGCCUCGUCAUGAACACGUGCCGCGAGCUGGAGGGCGACUUCAUCGACGCCAUAGCCGUGCACCCGUCAUCCAUGGACCAGAAGAUCUUCGCCGUCGGGCCACUGAACCCGCUGCUGGACGGGAGCACGCGCACUUCGGGGGAGACGCGGCAUGAGUGCAUGGAAUGGCUCGACGCUCAGCCCCCGGCAUCGGUGCUCUACGUCUCCUUCGGGACGACGUCUUCUUUCCGGGGAGAGCAGAUCGUGGAGAUGGCCGCGGCGCUCAAGGGCAGCAAGCAGAGAUUCAUCUGGGUGCUGCGCGACGCUGACCGUGCUAACAUAUUCGCCGAUUCCGGCGAGAGCCGGCACGACAAGCUGAUGGCCGAGUUCACUACAGAAACCGAGGGAACGGGGCUGGUGAUUACCGGGUGGGCGCCGCAGCUGGAGAUCCUGGCGCACAGCUCCACGGCGGUGUUCAUGAGCCACUGCGGCUGGAACUCUACCUUGGAGAGCCUGGGCCACGGCAAGCCUAUCCUCGCGUGGCCAAUGCACUCCGACCAGCCGUGGGACGCGGAGCUUCUCUGCAAGUACCUCAGGGUCGGCCUCCUCGUGAGGCCAUGGAAGAAGUACGAUCAGGUCGUACCGGCGGAGGCCAUCCAAGAGGUGAUUGAGGAAGCGAUGCUUUCAAAAAAUGGAAUGGAGAUGCGCCAGAGGGCGAAGGUGCUUGGUGAGGCCGUUCGCGCAUCUGUGGCCAAAGGUGGCUCCUCGAGCCAAGACAUGGACAAAUUCAUUGCUUACAUCACAAGGUGAUUGUGGAGAUUUUACUGAAACAUACCAGAUUGCUACCAUGAUGAAUUUGAAUUAUUUCUCCAGAAUAAAGUAGACCUCAAACCAUGUAAUGCUCAAUGAGAAUGGCUUCUCUACCGUACACAUGAGGUCCAGUGCAAGUGUUGUGUUUGCUUUAAGAUUAGCACAACAAAUGAAUCUUUGUAUGUAUCCUACCCUACCCUAGUACUCUCUUUUAUCCUUUAAAUAGGUGUAUUUCUUUU